AUGCCCCUUCAAUCCGGUAUUUUCGGUGGUCAGCCCUCCUUGGCUUCUACACCGUUCGAUCCUUCAUUGGACAGCUCAGAUGUCACGGUCGGCAAUGCCACAUCCGUGUUUAACCUGACGGCCAUCCGUCUGCACAACCGGCCGGCAUUCUUCCUCGCGCAGACCGUCAUCAACGCCACGCUCUCUCCUGCCUCCCCGCUUCAUCCGCUCGCGACAACGAUCAUUGACGCCGCGUCGCCCCUUCUGGACGGCAUUCUUCGUCAAUAUCUGCACAACGAUUUUUUUGCGGGAAGCCUAUGGCUCGUCGCGCUCGGGUUCAUCAGCCGAACCCUAAUGACCUACGUGCAGGUUCUAUGGAGCUACGUGAUUCGGCGCGGGAAUGUCACCAUCAGCAUCUCUCCCGAAAGCCAGGCAUUUCAGUGGUUGGAGGAGUGGCUCGACUCGCACGAGGAGUUAAAGCCGUCGGAAUACUCCCUGCAGAUUAACUGGAAUGACGAUGACGGCGCGGAUUCGUCUCGUGACAAGCCUGAGCUUCGCUUCAUGCCCAAGCUUAAAGCCGCCCAGCACAUCACCUUCAGGGGAUCAAAAGUUUUCUUCCAAACGAAAAACAGCCCCGGGCAGCUUGACAGCGAAGCAGAAUUUUCGGAGCUCAUCCGAUCAAUGAAUCAGGAGGAGCUGGUGAUCGAAGCUCCCAGCAAGGCCGUGCUACAGGCGGUGCUGCAGGCCGCUACAGACGCAGCCAUGGCGAAACUGAAGGCAGAGAAGCUGACAGCCAUCCAGCGGUGGAACUGCCGGCACGCUGCUGGAGGACGCUCGGCAGUUUCUGGCGGGCGCCAAGUGGUACGCAGAGCGCGGCAUUCCCCACCGGAGGGGGUAUCUGUUCCACGGCCCCCGGGGUGCGGCAAGACGUCGCUCAUCCAGGCCAUGGCGGGCGAGCUGGGGCUGGGCGUCGCCGUCAUCAGCCUCGCAUCCUCCGGCAUGAGUGAUGACUCGCUGCACACAGCGCUGACCAACUGCGACCAGUGCAACCUGGUGGUGCUGGAGGACAUCGACGCCGCCUUCACGGCCACGCGCUCCAAGGCGGACGGCAGCUGUGCGGACAGCCUGUCCUUCUCGGGGCUGCUGAACGCGCUGGACGGCAUCGCAGCGCAGGAGAGGCGCAUCCUCGUCAUGACCACCAACCACAUAGACCGCCUCGACCCCGCCCUCAUCCGCCCCGGCCGCAUCGACUUCCGCCUCCUGCUCGACCGCGCCUCCUCCGCCCAGCUCGCCCGCCUCUUUCUCCGCUUCUUCCCCGACUCGCCUGCUUCGGAUGCUGAUGGGUUUGCGGCGCUGUUCUGGGAGCGGGCUGUGAGUCCUGCGGCGGUGCAGGGCUUCUUGCUGCUGCAUAAGGACAAUGCUGCUGCUGCCCUGGCUGCUGCUCCUGCGUUUGCCAAGGAGAGUGGUGCAUCUGCUUCUGACUCGGCUGCUGGUGCCCUUUCUGCUGAUGUUGCAGCGAGUGAUGAGGGUUCUAGUUCGGCUGCCGGUGCUUCCACUGCUGACGUGUAUGCCAUGGACGCACGCACUUCCAAUUCAAGCAGCAGCAUGACCGGCAGAACCAGCAGAACCGCAGAAGAUCCUAGGGCAGAGACACCUUUGUCAAUCAACGGUGCAGAUUCUAUUGCAGGCGGCGAUGAAGCGGGGAAGGGCUGGAUUGCAGUGGAGGAAGCAAGUGAAAGUGGCAGUGAGGAGGGAGAGGGGAUUGUGAGGCAAGCGAGUGGUUCUGGGGAAAGGGGAAAGUUCUGGGGAGCGAAAAGCAAGAGGUUCUUCUUUAGGCCACAAUUCGGGAUGAGUGGGUUUGGAAGGGGCGCUUGA